UUGCAUCUAAACUUCACAUGUUUACAGCUGUAAUUUCAGAACACACACGAAUUAUGGGCAGGCAUGAAAUUUGAUCUCUUCAACAUGUUCAGACCCUGUAAUUUACUAAAUAUGGAAUGUUUACGCCCCUGCAUUAUGCAAGUAUAAAACAGCAACCAUAAGCUUUUCAAACGCAAAGGACCAACAACAAAGAAACACGUUUGGCAUUAAAAAUCAGUUUUUAGUGACGGAACACAAAAAGUGAAGACAUGAUACGCUUCAACAUUUUACCCCUUCUGGCAUUCCUGCUCAGUUGCCAUGUGCUCUUCUGUGGAUCAGGCUCAGGUCUGGCAUAUGCUUCAAACAGUGAUUCCCUUCAGGCCGUAUGCAGAAUGCAGCCUAACACUCGACUAGAGCCUGGCAUGCCUCGUGUGUAUGGUCACAUUUUAUUCAGACAGUCUGGCCCAAAGGAAAAGCUGAGCGUGACUUUCAGGCUCUAUGGUCUCCCUGCGGACAGUCAGCAGCCCAGAGCCAUGCACAUUCAUGAGUAUGGAGACUUAAGCAGGGGCUGCGACUCUACAGGUGGGCAUUACAAUCCCCUCAACGUCAACCAUCCACAACAUCCAGGGGACUUUGGCAACUUUGUGCCCGUUAACAAGAAGAUUCGGCAGUCACUGGAAUCCCCUGCAACUCUCUUUGGGAAACUUUCAAUAGUCGGCCGGUCUGUUGUCAUUCAUGAGGGAAAGGAUGAUUUGGGCAGAGGUGGGAAUGUGGGAAGCUUGCUGAAUGGCAACGCUGGAGGGCGACUGGCAUGCUGUGUUAUUGGACUGAGAAACCCCCAAAAUUAAUAGAUAUUUUUAGCAAAGACUAUACAGUUCAUUUUUGCAGUAUACAAUGCUCAGCAUAUAUGAUUACACAAAUCUCUCUUUUAAAUUCAUAUUUUUAAAAGGAAGCUAUACAAUAUUAUAUUUGUGCAUAUACAUUAGAUUAGUCAGUACUGAAGCCAGAUCUGGAGCUUAUCUAAAGUUACGAUAGCGGUUAAAAAACUAGUACACCCAAUAUGUUAUAGAAAAACAUUAAAUAUAAAUUUUACAAAGAGGGAAAAUCAACAGAAGAAAAAAAAAAAGUUGGAUUUAUAAAAAGUUGUCAUUAAUUUUUUUUGCGGUAUUUAUCUUGAAUUUAAUAGUUUUAUCUUUUAAUUUCUAAAGAUGUUCUGUGUCUAAAAAAAUAUUUUAAAUAAUAUACCUGUUUUGUUUAAAUGCACCGAAAUACUUUGCCUGUACAUUAGCAAAAUAACUGAUGGAAUGCAUUUAAAUAUCUAGGUAUUGUGUUAAAAACACUAAAUAAUAAUAAAGAUUGAGGCUUUUUGAAAGCA